AUGCUUUUCGAAAGCUUUGACCUGGUUUCAGCGUUGGCGACACUAGCUGCGUGUCUGGUGUCCAUGGCACUUCUUCUGGCGGUGUCCCAGCAGCUGUGGCAGCUGCGAUGGACAGCUACCCGGGACAAGAGCUGCAAACUACCCAUGCCCAAAGGCUCCAUGGGGUUCCCUAUCAUCGGAGAGACAUGCCACUGGCUUUUCCAGGGCGCGGGGUUCCACGCGUCGAGGAGGCAAAAGUACGGGAACGUCUUUAAGACGCACCUGCUGGGUCGGCCCCUGAUCCGGGUGACGGGAGCGGAGAACGUGCGGAAGGUUCUGAUGGGAGAACACACCCUGGUGAGCGUGGACUGGCCGCAGAGCACCAGCACGCUUCUCGGCCCAAACAGCCUGGCCAACUCUAUAGGAGACAUCCACCGCAAGAGGAGAAAGGUGUUUGCUAAGGUCUUCAGUCACGAGGCCCUGGAGAGCUACCUGCCCAAAAUCCAGCAGGUGAUCCAGGAGACCCUACGAGUAUGGAGCUCCAACCCCGAACCCAUCAACGUUUACCGGGAGUCCCAGCGUCUGUCCUUCCACAUGGCCGUCAGGGUGCUGCUGGGGUUCAGGGUCUCCGACGAAGAGAUGUGUCACCUUUUUCGCACGUUUCAGGAGUUCGUGGACAACGUCUUCACCCUGCCCAUAGACCUACCUUUCACCGGAUACAGGAAGGGGAUUCGUGCUAGGGAUACUCUACACAAGUGCAUAGAGAAGGCCAUCAGAGAGAAGCCCCUGUCUGCUCAGGGCAAAGACUACGCCGACGCUCUGGAUGUGCUGAUGGACAGUGCCAAGGAGAACGGGACAGAACUUACCAUGCAGGAACUAAAGGAGUCAACCAUCGAGCUGAUCUUCGCUGCUUUUGCCACCACGGCCAGUGCCAGUACGUCUCUGAUCAUGCAGUUGCUGAAGCACCCAGCUGUUUUGGAGAAACUGCGGGAGGAGCUACGAGGUCGCGGAAUCUUGCACAAUGGUUGCUUGUGCGAGGGCGAGCUUCGUCUAGACACCGUCUGCAGUCUCAAGUACCUGGACUGCGUCAUCAAAGAAGUGCUGAGACUCUAUACGCCCGUUUCCGGGGGCUACCGCACUGCUAUGCAGACCUUUGAACUUGACGGUGUCCAAAUUCCAAAAGGCUGGAGCGUCAUGUACAGCAUCCGAGACACGCACGACACCUCAGCCGUCUUUAAAGACGUGGAAGCGUUCGACCCGGACCGAUUCAGCGAGGAACGGUGCGAAGACAAAGAGGGUCGUUUCCACUACCUUCCCUUCGGGGGUGGCGUUCGUUCUUGCUUGGGAAAACAGCUGGCGACCCUCUUCCUGCGCCUGCUCGCCAUCGAACUUGCAGGGGGCAGCCGAUUCGAACUGGCCACGCGGACGUUCCCUCGCCUGGUCUCCGUUCCCGUCGUCCACCCCACCGACGGCCUCCGCGUUAAGUUCUUCGGCCUGGACUCCAACCAGAACGAGAUCAUGGCCAAGUCCGACGAGAUGCUGGGCGCGACCGUGUGAUUGGCUGGCUUGG